AUGUGCUGGAUAUACUUAUGGUCGAUGAUUUUCCACUUCAUUCUUGCAUUCACCAACUCGGUUUCUUUCCUCAAAAUCAUCAGUCUGUACUCGUGCGAUGUGUUUGGGUUCUUCAUCUGCGUGGUGUAUAUUCAAAAGGCUAUCCAGCUUCUUAAUGGUCAAUUCCAUCAUGUCGAUUGGGCAUCGGGUUACGCUUCGGUAAUGAUUGCCCUUUUGAUGGUAGCCUGUGGAGUUGGAAGCCACAUAUUCGGGUCUCAGCUCCACUACUUUAACCCAGUUGUGCGCAAGAUUUUUGUGGACUACGGGGUUCCGGCUUCUGUGAUUUUUUUCACCGGAUUUAUUCACUUUGGUGGAUUUUUGGAGAAAACAGAACUCGCAAGAUUACCCAUUACCAAAAUCUUUUGCUCCAACUUUAUCGGGAGAAGCAAGACCCCACGGCUGGUUUAUUCAUUUCUGGCCCCUGGAAAAUAUCAGCGUGGGAGAUGUGUUUCUUGCUGUUCCAUUUGCUAUUUUGCUCACGUUUCUCUUCUACUUUGA